GUACAUUACAUAUUUUUAUAUUUUAGAUGUAAGAUAUAUAACAUUGCAAUCUACAAUAAAGCCUUGAAAUAAAGACUGCUGCUACUUACCACAAUUUCCGUAAAAAACUACUCAUGAGUUUUUAAUUCAUAUAGCUUCCAGUGCGUCUCUAAUCGGCGUUGUUUACGGUAGCAGGCUGUCGAUCAGUACUGAACAUAAUUGGUUUGAAAAAGUUAUAUCUACCUCAAAAUGUUUAAGUGUGAUACGUGUUCAAAAUCAUUUAGUCGAAAAGAUGCAUUAACGCGUCAUUUGCAAGCAAAAUCAAACAUAUUUAAAUGCAACUACUGUGAUGUAAAGUAUACGCGGAGAGAUAAUUUAAAGCGUCAUAUAUUUCUAAAACAUCCAGUUGUGGAUCAACCAUCAAACAAUACUGAUGUUGAAAUGGUGACUACGCAACAUGAAGAAGUUUAUGAAGCAUCGCAGCGACAAGAAGCAACAAUAACAACAACAACAACAACAACAACAACAACAACAACAACAACAACAACUCCAACAACAACAACAACAACAAUGAGUGCAACAGAAAAAGAAGUGACGCAAUCAUCACAAUUACUGAAACGUAAUGUGGAUGCAGAUGAGCGAGCAGUAAAAAAAAUUCGGCAGUGUGCAGAUCUUAAAGUUUUUACGUGCCAUCAAUGUAAAAUGCAAUUUUCAACAAACGCAAAAUAUAUUGCGCAUACAAAAUCAAAAAAGCACAUCGAGCGUGAGGGAUCUUUAUGUAAAACAUCUGUGGAAUUGAUUAAAUCAGCAUUUAAUCGUCGGAUUGCGGUAUAUCGAAUUAGCACCCAUCGAAACAUUGCGAUGGAUAUAAGUAUUUUUUUAAAUAAUAAUAAAUCAACGUGCUUCGAACUAAUUCGAAAAAAAGUAGGCAAAUCAAACUCGUUCAAAGUUAACUUCGAAGUCUUUGCAUAUUAUGUGAAACCUUUUGCUAGUGCACUGGAAGAAGAUGAUGAUGAGAACAUUCAAUUGGACUUAAAAUCAUUUAACACAAAGUUUGAAGUGAUUACAAGUGGAAGUAAUUUAGAACAAAUAGUUGACGAUUUGUUUCAAACAUUGAUAAAAAAGGCAGAAGAAUUUCAAGAGCGUGACAGUGGUUGGGCUCUGCAUUCUGUUUCUCAUUUAAUUAUUAAUAUUAACAAAUAUGAUCCUAUCCGUGGAGGAACAUAUUUACCGCUACCAAAAGAAAUUAGAGAUAAAAAAGCGUGCAUAAAUAUUGUUAAUAACGAUAAUAUAUGCAUAGCUUGGUGCAUUGUUGCAGCAUUAUAUCCCGCUCAUCAAAGUUCUGCUCGCCCAGAAUCUUAUGCAAAUCAUAUUCACAAGAUAAAUUUGGAAAAUAUUAAGUUACCUUGUUCAAUAAGUGAUAUUAACAAAGUUGAGGACAACAAUGAUAUUAGUAUUAAUGUUUAUGGUUUAAAUUUCGAUGCAAGUGCUAAUAAAUAUUCUGUUGUUGGGCCGCUUUAUUAUACAAAUCAAAAACGAGAGAAUCAUAUAAAUUUAUUAUUAUUGGAACAGCGGGAUAAAUAUCACUAUGUACUAAUUAAAAACCUAUCCCGUCUAGUUAGUUCGCAAAUAAAUUCUCAUAAAAGUAUGAAAUAUUUUUGCGACGGAUGUUUACAGUAUUUUAACGAACAGUUUAAGCUAGACGAUCAUUAUAACUACGGUUGCAGUAAAAUUUGUUUGAAAAUGCCAGAUCCUACUUGUUAUAAAACUUCAUAUAUAGGUAAAAAAAUUCCAAGAAACAAAUUAAUAUUCAACAAUUAUCAAAAUAAAAUGAAAGUUCCAUUUGUAAUCUUUGCUGAUUUCGAAUCUCUGCAAGUACCAAUAAGCACGUGCACUCCUGAUCAAACAAAUAUUUCAUUUACUAUGAGAAUCGCACAGCAUAUUCCUUAUUCCUUUGGAUAUUAUAUAGUUUGCGAUUUUAAUGAUGAAUUAAAUUCUUAUGUCACAUACACGGGAAAAGAUUGUGUAACUAAAUUUAUAGAAUAUUUAAGCAAAGAUGUACGCAAUAUUUAUAACAAUUAUUAUAAAAAUGUAAAGCCUAUUAUUGAGCCAACGGGGUUUGAAGCUUUGCAGUAUAUGUUUGCGGAGGCUUGCCAUAUUUGCGAAGAAAAAUUUUCGGACAUUGACUACAAGGUAAUGGAUCAUUGCCAUAUUACAGGCUUAUAUCGGGGAGCAGCACAUGUCAAAUGCAAUUUAAAUUAUAAAAUUCCUAAAUUCAUACCAAUAUUUUUUCACAAUCUCACCGGAUACGAUUCUCAUUUGUUCAUAAAAGAGUUGGCGUUGAACGAUGAUGCUAAAGUCGAUGUUUUACCCCGCAAUAAAGAAAAAUACAUUUCUUUCACCAAACAUAUUUUAGUUGAUUCUGAUAAAGAGAAUAAGAAUAUUUAUAUAAAAUUACGAUUUUCAGAUUCCUAUCAGUUUAUGUCAUCAUCUAUAAAUAAGUUGGCUCAAAAUUUAACCAAUUUUAAGCAUAUUGAAAAGUAUUUUACUAACCCUGAAGAAAAUAAAAUAAUGAAAAAGAAGGGAAUAUUUCCAUAUGAAUAUAUGGAUACAUGGGAAAAGCUAGAAGAACUACAGUUACCAAGUAUUGAACAGUUUAAUAGCAAACUUAAUGAUUCAAAAAUUACUGUAAAUGAUUAUGAACAUGCUCAAAAAGUUUGGAAAUUAUUUCAUUGCAAAACCCUUCGGGAGUAUUCAGAUUUAUAUUUAAAAGUUGAUGUUUUGUUGCUUGCCGAUAUAUUUGAAAAUUUUAGAUCGACUUGUUUCAAAACAUAUCAGUUAGAUCCAGCUCACUACUAUACCGCGCCAGGUCUCUCCUUCGAUGCAAUGCUUAAAGUAACAAAAGUCGAAAUUGAAUUAUUAACUGAUCAUACUAUGUUAAACUUUUUACAGAACAGUGUUCGUGGUGGUAUAAGUCAAUGUUCACAUCGCUACGCUGAAUCAAAUAAUGAAUUUUCUACAACAUUCGAUCCUUCAAAGCCAACUUCAUAUUUAUGUUAUUUAGAUGCUUGUAAUCUUUAUGGUUGGGCAAUGUCGCAGUUUUUACCUAUUAGUGAUUUUGAAUGGGUAACAGAUUGUAGUGAGUUAGAUAUUUGCUCAGUAGCAGAUAAUGCAGAUAUUGGCUAUAUUUUAGAUGUAGACAUUGAUUAUCCUGCUGUGCUGCAUGAUGAUCACAAUGAUUUACCUUUCCUACCAGAAAAUUUACAACCACCUGGUUCCAAACAAUCGAAAUUGCUUACUACUCUUUAUGAUAAACGCAACUAUGUUUUGCAUUAUACUAACUUAAAACAAGCUAUCAAAUACGGUUUGGUGUUAAGAAAAAUUAACCGAGCAAUACAAUUUCGUCAAAAAGAUUGGUUAAAACUGUACAUUGACUUAAACACAAAACUAAGGCAAGCAGCAACUAACAGCUUUGAAAAGGAAUUUUACAAGUUAAUGGUUAAUUCCAUUUUCGGAAAAACGAUGGAAAAUUUAUUUAAAAGAUUAUGUGUAAAAUUGAUUAAAACUUGGAAUCAAAGCGGUAAAAACUAUGACGCACGCUCACUGAUUAGCAAACCGAACUUUCAUAGUUGUAGCGUAUUUGAUGAAAAUCUAGUUGCAAUACAACUUAAUCAAACGUGUGUCUAUUAUGAUAAACCAUUAUUUAUUGGAUUUGCAAUACUAGAAAUAUCCAAAACAAAAAUGUACGAUUUUUAUUACUCUUUUAUUAAAAAUUACUAUCCUAAAGAAAAAUCAAAAUUAUUAUACAUAGACACGGACAGCUUAACCGUAUUGUGUUACGAUCACAGCAUUUACAAUAUUAUAUUAAAUAAUCCGCAAUAUUUUGAUACUUCAAAUUAUCCACAAAACAAUUUAUAUAAUAUUACACCGCAAAAUAAAGCAGUUUUAGGCUUUUUUAAAGAUGAAUAUGGAGGUCGAGUAAUGAAUACUUUCGUUGGAUUAAAAUCAAAAUGUUAUAGCCAUAAGCUAGUGGAUGAUACUAUUACUAAAAGAGCGAAGGGCACAAAGAAAUGCAUUGUGCAGAAUAGAAUUAAAUUCAUUGAUUAUGAUUGGUAA